GCAUCCACGAAUCGGAUCUUUGUUUCAGUAACUCGAAAACUGGCGAUAUGAGCGGUAGUCAAUUUUUUCGUGCCCUGGGACGAACUUUGGGAUUGGGUAGAAAACAGCUGAAGGUCGACAGCCGACAUGUGGUGAUCAUCACGGGCUGCGACUCGGGAUUGGGUCAUUCACUGGCCGUAUAUUGCCAUGACUUGCUCCGGAUGACAGUGGUUUCCUGCUGUCAUAAUCUCAAAUCCGAGGGAGCAAAAUUGCUGCAGGCCUUAAACUCCUGUAAAGAUGGCCAGGCUAGGAUGCACACCUUGGAACUGGAUCUUUUGGAGCCCGACUCCAUUCGCCGCGUGCAUCAGCAGCUCAAGGAUAUAUUGGCCAAAGAUACAAGCUAUAGGUUAACGGCGCUUAUCAACAACGCGGGAGUAAUGUGCUUUGGGGAAUUCGAGUGGCAGAUACCCGAGCAGAUCGAUAACCAAAUCAACUGCAAUCUGCUGGGCACCAUGAGAUUGACCCGGGAAUUGCUGCCUCUACUCCGCCAGCAGCGGGGCAGGAUCAUCAACGUGACCAGUCACUGUGGAUUGCGGGCUCUUCCAGCUCUGGGUCCUUAUGCCGCCUCCAAAGCAGCUCUUCGCUUUUGGACGGAUGCCCUGCGGGUGGAACUGCAACAGUACGGCAUGGAGGUGGUAAACUUCAUACCAGGUUCCUUUGUUCUCGAUAGCAACAUAGCAGCCAGGCAGCAGCAACAUGCCCAGAAGAUGAGGGAAGCCUUCAGCCAGGAGCAACAUGCUCUGUACGACACCUACUUCGAGGCCUUCAAUAGUUACCUAAAAGUUCUCAGUGGAUUCAAGCCACCAAACCGACUAAAGAACGACUCGCUGCUGGCCAAGUUCAAGGAUGCCUUGACCAGCUCACAACCUUUGGACUUGUACAUCGAGGAACCGCGUCGAUAUUGCCUCUACCGUUGGCUCUUUGCGAUCUGUCCCACUCCUUUGGUGGAUUGGCUCACCCUGCGCUUCUGCGCCAUGCCCACAUUCGAGUCCACAAAAAGACAGAAUCAGAUGUAGGAUAAUACGUAGUCUAUACAAUUAAAAUAUACAAUUGUAGCACAUUGCAAUACUUGGCUAAGGGCUGUGGCAAAUAAAUCGAGCUGAAUCCUGGGAAUGGAAAGCGACGAAACAAAAA